AUUCCACUCAGCCAGCCAGCUUCAUGUCCUCGAACAAUCUCACCGACCUCUUGAGUGCUUUUCUACAGCAAUCCAACCCCCAGCUGCUACAACCACAGCAGGCCCAUGACGUCGCGCUCGCCGGCUUCCGACAACUGCUUGCACACAACGGUGCGGGGAAUACGAGCCACCCACUGCCUAGUUCUCAGCUCUCCUACCAACCCGCCCCAACAAUUCAGCCAGCCAAUCUCACUGGAGGACCUGCGAUAACAUCAUCCGAUGCGCUACGACUGCUCACCCUACUCCAGCAAGGGUCACCGCAGUCGGCAACUCCCAGUAGUACGACCCCUUUCAACUCGCAGCCUCCGAGCCAGAGCACUACACUUGACAAGGCGGUGGGAGCCUUGCCUGACGAUGAAAGGAUUCUUGUGAAUACCUUGUCGACUCGAAACCUCAAGGGCUGGACCGUUCGAGAGGCACUGGAAGCCUUGCACGGGGUCAACAACCAUACUGCCAGUUCAUGGAAGGAUUAUUUCCUUGAAAACUACGAACGUCUUGCUCUGCAUAUCCCUCUCGCCAACGAGGAAGAGCGGCACGACGAGUCCCUGUCGGCUGCUACCCCUAGGGGAAGGACAGCCUCAAGGACUUGGGAGCGCUCUGCUAGUGGCCCUUCGAAGCCACCUGCGCGCCGUCAUUCUGUGACUCGCUCGAGACGGGACAGCCAAUCUCGAGGACAAUCGGAUUCUCGUGCACGUCCCCCUCGACAUGUGCGUUUCUCUGAAACACCGUCGAGAUCCCCUACACCCCCUCCCUCGGACAGUUCAGUCUCAAUGAAUGGGAAAAGAUUCACGGAGGCAGAGGAAGAAUUCCUCAUCAAAUCGGUCAGACGGCAGCUGAACAAAGAUCCCUACGUCUCUUUCGCGCAGAUGGCGAAGACGCUUGCCCAAAAGGCCCCAGGGCGGUCAGUAGACUCCUGGAGAGGGCAUAUCACCAUGACUAGACGAGCAGAUGUCGAUCGCAUGAUCGCCGAUGCCCGAGACAAUCACAAGAGGGAUGACCGGGACGAGACGUCAAGGACGUGCAGAGGAGAUGAUCGACGGGACUUGCACGAUACGCCUCAGAAGAUGACACGCGAGACUGGCGAUGACGAACCCGACACGGAUGAGGACAUCCUCAGCAUGGGGGUGUCGGGCCAGCCAUUCACGGAGGCUGACUUCCGCAUGGCUGCUAGAUAUAUUGCAUCAGUAGCAAAUUGGGACUCCACACCUUCCACCAUCGCGCGAUGGUCCGACUUCGCAAUUCAGCACCCGCAACGGGCUGACAAGUCUUGGGCGCAAGGCUAUGUCAAUCACCACCUAGUCAUAGAUAGACUGGUGUCGAAGUAUAGGGCACGGUACGCACGGCGCAAGGAAGAGUUUCUUCAGACCUCGCCCCGGGUGGACAAUGCAGUCACGACAGCAUCUUUGCCCCCGUUCCACAAGGCUAGCAAGCGUAUCCAUCAAGAUAGUAUUGAGGCCGAUAGCGGAGAAGCGAUCGUGAGCGGGAAGCGUCCGAGAGAUUCCUACUAGGAUCAAUGGGCUGACACUGCAUACCACGUCAAUUUGCUUGUCCUCAUAUACUUCCAGUCAUCCCCAGCAUGCGAAUUAACAACCCACUCCCUCAACUUACUGUGGGUUCUCCCUUAACUUACGUGAAUCCUCUUCUAGUGCCACGUACCUUAGAUCUUGAGCCGGGACCCCUACUGUAUUAUAUAUUGUGCUCGGUACCGGUGCGGUAUGGUAUGUUUAGAGCGUUAUGGAAGUAAAUAUGCCAGUGUUCCAAGCUUCAUAAGACGUAGUGCAAUGUUCUCUUCUGAUUAAUAUUAGUCGUAGUCGUCGGAAGUCCUACUACUAGUGCG